AUGCUAGAGAGUUCCCGGCCUGGGCGUCAAGGGAUUGCCAUCAUGGCUGCCUCUGCAGCUGUGGCAAAGGGCCCACGCUUGACGCUUUCAUCCUUCUUGGCCGCUCUGUUGAAGAACUUGAAGUCGAACACCAUUUGGGCGAUGCUCGCAGGGGGUGCGGUUGCCGUCCUCUUUAGGUAUCUUCAGGACUUGAUCCGGCGGUUUCAACAACAAGAGGCCGAAUCGCUUUGGCGGAGGCAUGUGGACCUCAGUGUGGUGCAGGCUGUCCUCCUCACAACAGAGCACCUGAAGUCAUUGGGCCGGGUUGAGAAGAGGACCUUGUUUGUGAAGCCCAUUACAGAGGUCUUCCGGAAUGAAUUUGUGCUAGCCAACGUGUUGCGAACAGCCGAAAUGGCAGUAGCCAAGAAUGAACCAUUCCUAGUGACCCAGCUAUCUCAAGAAGACAAGUGGCACGUGCUGACCACUUGUACCAACCACUUGAGCUCCUGCUUUGCACCUUACCAUGUUUUCUUCAACGAAGCACGACGUGUCGAGUCCUAUUACCAGUCGGCAUGGUACGUGUUCACGCUGACCUGUGCGCAAACGGAAGCCUCAGGGAGAUGGUUCAUCACCCCACUCAAGCCAGUGGGGAAGGAUGAUGUUGGAAUGUUGCGGAUACGAAUCGUGAUGAUGAAUGAACAAGAGCUUCGUGAAAUUGCAUCAGGAGCCAUUGAGCCCCCGAGCUUCGGCUUCUUCAACGGCCGUCAUGAGAGCCGAUGGAACACAUGUCAACGCUUUGCUGAAUUGUUUGAAAGGUUGGAAGAAUGUGUCUCCAAAGAUGUGGUCCUCUUCGAGUCAUCACGACUGGAGACUCCAGGCUUUUCCGGAGCUUUCCAGGACAAUGGCCUCCCCAUUUCAGCAAGUACUGUGCUGAUUUGUGCUGCAAGGUCCAAGCGACACAGCCGCAGAAAGAAAGCAGGAGGCAUCGAAAGAUUCCCCGGUCAAAGACCAACCGGAGUGCAAAAGGUAGGUGCAGUGACGUGCCAUGCAGAAGAAGACGAUCUCGUCCGCAACAUCAUGGCGGUCUCCCCAGACAAGGAGGUUAUUUUGAAAAGUGGCCGCUCAGAAGAACAGGAAGAGGAUCUUCAGCAAUUUGCCAGAGAAUGGCUAGAGGAUCAAGGCAUGGACUACGAUCCGUCGAAUCUCAAGGUGAUCGAGGUGAAGGACCGCACCAUGAAAGAAGACCCGGAGAAGAAGUACCGUGUCGACAAGACCCUCAUGAUGGAAACCUAUGACCGGGGCGAGAUUCAGUUGAUGGAAAAGACAUGCACAGACUUAUUGGCGGUCAAACCGCAUGAUGCCGAAGUCUGGCGAAUGCGAACACUGGGACGGCUGCGUUUGAAGCUGUGGGACGCUGCUUUGGAAGCUGCUCGGCGGUGGAUUGCUUUUGAGCCGCAGUCGUUGAACCCUCGUUGCGCCGAAGCUUUCGCACAAGCCGGCAGCCAGGACUCUGAGCAGGUCAAGGAAGCACGUGUGCGUUUUGCACAGCUUUACAAAGAGGUCACGAAAAUGGAAGGAGAUGGAAUUCGUGACGUCUCUGUUGAACUUCAAGAAUGUGUGUGGCGAUGUGAUGAGCUGCUGGAGCAUCGUAAAACAGAGGAGAGCAAAGUCGAGGCUUGCCGGCCCUGCAACCUCAGCGCCCGGCCUGCUACUGUACUUACUGGAGCGAGGCCGCCUCAUUUCUUCUUGCCCAAUUUUGCGGACUCGAUUGGCCCUGUGAAAGUGGUCCAAGCUGAGCCGGAAGAACUUGGAGGCGGCGCCUCUCAUCCCAGGAAGCUCGUGGUCACCCAAGAUGUGGAGGCGGGUGAUCCAUUGUUCGUCCAAAAUGCCUUAGCCUUUGCAAGUCUCGACAGGGCUGAAGACAUUGCCCGCCUCAAGACUUCUCUGGUCACUGCAACCACACUGUCACCCAGACAAGCGAAAUUGGUGGAUAUCCUCCUGGACAACAGCGAGUGGGAUGACUCGACCAGCGACGCUGUCAUGGAAGCACUGCGGAAUCCCAAGGUGGUGAGAGAGGCGCCUUGGAGCACAGAUCCGGAUGAGAUGGUAAAGCAUCUCCAGGAGUGCGAGAAGCUCGUUCUCCGCACGCAAAUUCUCACAGGGAAGAAGUACAGUGGCAUUUGGACGCUUCCAGCAAUGGCAAGGCAUAGCUGCACACCCUCAGCUACCUACACGAUUUGGGGCGACGUCAUGCUUGCGCGAGCAUCUAGGCCACUCAAGGCUGGUGAGGAGGUGACCUUCGCUAUGUAUGAUCUGUGGUACCCUCUGGAGAUGCGGCAAGAAAAGUUCACCAAUACUGGAGAGGGCUUUUGGUGCAGGUGUCCAAGAUGUGAAGCCGAAGCCUCCUUCGGUGCGCGGGCUGCUUCUGCAGCCGCAGAUCUCCAAAUCAGGUUUGAAAAGCAGCGGAGCAGAACCCAAGCUGUUCUGCAGACACUGGACCUGAAACUUGAAGAACGAAAACAGGAGUUGCAGAAAGAGUAUGAUGCAAUUCGUGACAACGAGCAACUCAACAAAGAGUAUGAAUCAGGCCUGCUCGGGUUGGCAGAUCGCUUCAAGAAUCUGAAAGGAGCGCCUACAGAUGCAGACAUUGAAGAGCUGAGAAAGUUCUUUCCGGAACGAAACGAGCCAGAGUUAGUAGAUGUGAAACCAGAUUUGGUGGAAGACUUGCUUGACGCAGUGAUCGCCUUUGAAGAACAGGUGGACGCUCUAGAGAUGCCUGACGAACAUCGCCAUUGGCUCAUUGCCAAUCACCUGGGGCAAUAUGGCGAAUUGCUAACGCUACUGCGAUUAUCUAAAGAUGUUGAGGCACAGCGAAGAGUAGUCAAUCGCAUCCUUGAAGCGGUGGGUCAAACCCAUCCUGGCUGCUUCCAGCAUCAGCGUCUCUCUGUGCUUUUGUGGGAGGUCUCCGCUGUGUGCGCUGACCCUACGCUUCAGCGAAAGGACUUGGUCAUGGAUCUGAUCCCCAAAGAGCUGGAGCGAGUGCGGAAUGCCAUCAAGAUCCGUUAUGGUCAGUGGCCCAAGGUGAAGCUGGCAAAGGCCGUGUGGCCAGGUCAGGGCCAUGCGGUGGCUGCGCUGGGGCCACCAGAGUCAUUGGCAAAGGACUCCCGUCCAACAUUUGAUGCCCACAUUUGCCAGCGGCGCCUGAUGACCAAAGGCAUCAAGAUGGGCAGCUGGGUUGCUGUAUCGUACAGAGUGCCCAUCAAGCAAGAAAUCGACGAGAAUGACACAGGCCAUUAUGAAGGAAGAAUAGUUGACAAGAGAAUUGGAGGGCAGGACCGGGAGUCCUUCAUAGAGCUGAAGGAUGUUUUGAAAGUAGACAUAGAUGGCAAUGUGAUCGGAAAAGAGAAGCACAAGAGACUGAUUGAUGCCUUCAUAGAAGACUGCAAGGUCAUCGACAAAAGAGAAGAAUCCUGGGAUGACAUCAAGCUUCAAGCAGAAGUUGAAGCUGAAGUAACUGCAAGAGAAAGAAGAGAGGCCGGCGAGGAAGAAGAAAGCGGGUGCAUGGGCAUGAUGCCGGGCAUGAUGAUGAUGCAAAACAUGAUGCAAGGCAUGAUGGCCGCCAGCAUGAUGCAGAACGCCAUGAAGUCUGGUUGUGGUUGCGGAGGCUGUGGCGGCUGCGGAGGCUGUGGAGGCUGCGGCGGCUGCGGCGGUUGCGGCAACUGUGGUGGAUGCGGCUGCGGCGGUUGCGGCAACUGUGGUGGAUGCGGCUGCGGUGGCUGCGGUGGCUGCGGUGGCUGUGGCGGUUGUGGGGGCUGUGGCGGCUGUGGCUGUGGCGGCUGUGGCUGUGGGGGCUGUGGCUGUGGAGGCUGCGGCUGCGGAUGUGGUUGCCCUGGCGGUUGCUCUGGAGGCUGCUCUGGGGGCUGCCCUGGCUGCAGUUGUGGAGGUUGUGGCUGCCCUGCUGGUGGCUGCCCCGGCGGCUGCUGUUCUGGCAGUUGCUGCUCCGGUGGCUGUGGGGGCUGUUCAGGUGGCUGCUGCAGUGGCCCCGGAAGCUGUUCUGGAGGCUGUGGCUGUCCGGGAUGCUCAGGCACCUCCACAGGCUGCUCGAGCGGAUGCUGCGGAGGAUGUGGAUGCCCAGGCAGUUGUGGUGGAGGGUGUUGUGGAGGAUGUGGCGGAGGUUGCUGUCCCAGUGGCUGCUGCCCCGGUGGAUGCUCUGGCUGUCCAUGUGGCGGUUGCUGCUCUGGGUGUGGGGGCUGCGGCUGUGGCCGCGGAGGAUGUUGUGGUGGUUGUGGAGGUUGCCCAGGCUGUGGCUGCGGUUGCGGCUGUGGCGGUUGUUGUGGGGGCUGCUGCGGGGGUUGCUCGCCGAUGGGAGGCAACAUGUGCAGCGGAAAGGGAAUGGGAGGUGCGAGCAAUCCUGGCAGCAUGGGUACCACAAGCCCGAGCAUGGCGCCAAUUGGUGGCUCUGAUGCGCCCGGCAGAACUGAUGCUCGAAGCAGAAGUCGUAGCAGAGGCAAAGAUGGCGGCAAAGACGACCAAGAGUAAUGCUUCCCCUUGCUGCCAAAUGGCAGCAAUUAUUUUCGUGGCUUUGGCAAGUCCGAACAAACUGGCGUUGGAUUGCGUGCCUC